AAAUAAGCGCUGAAACGUGCGGACGAUCGAUUGGGAAGCAUCUAAUUAUUAAUGCUAUAUGUACUUACUCAUAGCUUUUAAAAUUAUUACGAUAAGUCUUCGAAUCAAGGUCUUUUAUUUCUCUAAGUUUUUGCUUUUGCUUCGUUUUUAAAUGAAACUGUACUGGAGAAAAGCAAUUAAUAAUUAGAAACUACAGGCACGAAUAAAGGACCUUGUCUGGCGUGUACAAAUUGUAGCAGACAACGAGCAAGACGAUGGCGUCAGCAAGAGAAGCCAGCGUCAAUAACGUUGAGACAGGUUGUGAAGGAUCACUUAUGACAUAAACCUCAAACUGCUCAGGAUGUGCAAAGUCUGAAAGUCAGAUGACAUUAAUUAAUCAAGAAGAAGCUAAUUCAGAAGAGGCAACUAUGUCAUGCAGCAAACACUUUGGUUCAGUUCCUUUGUUAGACUUACUUGCAGAAGUUGCAUCAGCAACAUUAAAAAAUGAUCCAUCACUGACGGAAGAACCUCUUAAGAAUAAGGCUAAAAGAAAGCCAACACAAAAUAAGUUAUCAAACUUGAGAAGACCACUCCAGCAAGCUGAUGUUCUUACUUUAGAUCAGAUAAGAGUAUUAUCAGACAAAAUGUUGCUCGAAAUGUUUGCAGAGCAUACUUGUGAUGAAAUACGUAGAAAUUAUUCUUACAAAUGUUUUUUCAUACCUGUCAAAUGUUCUCAAGCUUACCAUAGUUUUGGAAAUGAAAGCCGGGCUAAACUACAAAUGAAGUCUCAUUUACUUGCCCACAUUGCAGAGCUUCUUGCAGAAGAUAAUGCAGGUAAAUCUCACCAAACUAGAUUCACAGCUGAACCAUUGUAUGCAAGAAAGAGAAGGCUUCAGGAUUUAGACAAAAAGAAGAAAAACAAACAAGUAUGCUCUAAACGUACAAAUUUUUUUAUCAAAGAUAAAGGUCAAGGUAACAGGAAUACAUUGAACAGUCGGUCAUGUCAAGUAAAGAAUGUAAAUAAGAAAAAGAAUGAAGAUAAAGAUACAGGUCAACAAAUUCUGCCUGUCAAUAAUAAUUUUACAAAGCUUAAAAACAUUAAUCUUUCAUGUAUAAAAUCCAGAAUUAGUGUUGAGAAUGGUAGAAACAAAUUUUCUCAUAAUGGAAUGAAAGAAUUUGAUGGAGCUUUGCAAGCAAGUAAGAAAGACCAUAGGGUCCAUAAUAUUAAUGCUAGUAUUGAGAAAGUGUAUCUUCAAACAUCAUCAUCAUCUGAACAGUCUAGUGAGGAAGAAAGCUCUAAUCAGAACUCUUCUGAUGAUUCUGACAGUGAUAGUUCAGAUAAAACUGUUCUACCACAAAUACCAGAUUUAAAAAAUUGCCAUUCCUCAUCUAUUGAACAGAAAGACUGUUCUGUUAGAACAUCAUCUAUGGUUCUCCACUUUGAUUCUCAUUUGGAAAAUGGAUCAUCAUUAGAGAGAAAUACUUAUAAUAAAUCAUUAAAAGAAAAUAUUAAUAAUUGUGAUUCAAUGUGUGCUUUAGAUAAGUUAGAGAGUUCAAACUCUAACUAUGUUAUUAAAUUUGUUAUGGACACCAAAGAACAACCUCAUCAUGAUCAUAGUUAUACUUCAAUUAUGGGAAAGAAAAGAGGAAUGGUAGCAUUUGAUUUUGAAUUUAUGUCUUCCGAAGAAGAUGAAACUACACAAAAGGAAGACACAGACAGUUUAAAUUUUCAUGCAACACAUUUGAUCAUUGCCACUCCAUCAUUUCCUUUUGUUUAUGUGCCAUUGUUGCCCAAUGUUUCAGAAGUACUAGAAAUACACUCUUCACAGUUUUCCAAAGCUGUCUCUACCCAGGGAUUUUAUGAUGCAGAAGACAGUACAAAAAACUAUGAUGUAAUUUCACUCAAAGGUUCUACAUCUAAUAGUUCCUCAAGUGAUAAAUGUCAAAUGAAUAGGCUCUCUCCCAUGGAGAAAACAAUUAUUCCACAAGAAGUCACACUACAGAAUAAAGAAGAAAACAAUAAUAAUUUUUCACUAAGUGAAAGUGACCCAAGAACUGAAAAUGUUGUUGAGAUUACUGAUACAUAUCCUUCAACCAAGGAAAAAUAUCAGAACAAAACAAAGAAACAUAAAAAUGCAGGACAAGCUACUCCAGAAUGGGAAAAGAAGUUAGCCUUGAAGUGUAUUAGAGCUCUACGAGUCAAGAAAAAAGAAGAAAGAGGACCUCUUGUAUGCCAGAUUUGUAAAGACAAAACAUUUACUGCACAAGCAACCUUGAUGUAUCAUUAUAGAAGUCAUGCAGGAAUAAAACCUUUUAGGUGUACUGUAUGUGGAGACACUUUUACCAGACAGCAUAGCCUGAAUUAUCAUAUGUUAAUCCAUAACAAUAAAAGCCGUUUUGUAUGUUUGGAAUGUGGACGCAACUUCCGCCACCCCAGUCACUAUAAGGAACAUCUUAGGAGGCAUACUGGUGAAACUCCUUAUGAGUGUGGAGAUUGUGGCCACAAAUUCAAAACAAGAAAUACAUAUAAGCGUCAUUUGAAAACUCGGCAUGGAAAAAUGCUUACAGCACAAGGUAUUAUCACUUUGGCACUGGAUGAAAUAUGUGAGGUGCAGAGUUCUCCAAGGAAGAGGAACCGCCUUGUACGUAAAAAAAACAAGUCUACCCAGUGGCCUGAAGUGAAAUACUACAGAGAGAUUGAUCCCCAUAUACUGACAGGUACAUGUAAUGCUGAAUGGAACUCAUAAUGAACUUUUUUCGUUGUUGUUUUGUCAGCUUUCAAUUGUUAAAAAUCCCUGAGAAUUUUAAAAUAUCCCAUUUUUGAUUCAUAAUACUGUUAAUAUGUUGUAUUAUUUCUAUCAAAAUCUGAAAUCAUCAUGAUUUUUUGGGGUUUUUUAAUGCAAUUCCUAAUUGUAACAAAGAAAAACAAGCACAUAAAGUGAUUGUUGCUAUGAGACACAUAUAUGUAAAUUGUUAAGAAUUCAAAAGAUUUAUGUUGAGGACCCUUUAAUUAUGUAAAUUGUUUUUAAAGGAAUGUUCUAUUAACAUAGUCCUAGAAUAUGCCAAAAGUAGUAUUUGAUAGUAUUUUCAUACAAUUUUGUUAUCAGUACUGAUAAAUUGUUAUAAAUUUCUUUCUU